AUGAAAAACGGCGAGUUCGGAGACGGCGAAAAGGUGCUGCGUGCGAAAAUCGAUAUGGCUCAUCCGAAUAUGCUGCUGCGCGACCCGAUCAUGUACCGGAUCCUGCAUGCCGAGCAUCAUCGCACCGGCAACAAAUGGUGCAUCUAUCCGAUGUACGAUUAUGCGCACGGGCAGAGCGAUUCGAUCGAGAAGGUUACGCAUUCGAUCUGUACGCUCGAAUUCGAUGUGCACCGGCCGCUGUACGACUGGUUUAUCGAGAAGUUGGAUAUCUAUCCGAGCCAUCAGUACGAGUUUGCGCGUUUGAACCUGACCUAUACGAUGAUGAGCAAGCGGAAACUGUUGCAGUUGGUGCGGCAGGGCACCGUGAUGGGUUGGGACGAUCCGCGUAUGCCGACGAUCUGCGCGUUGCGGCGUCGGGGUUAUACGCCGGAGAGCGUGCGAAUGUUCGCCGAUAAGGUGGGCGUGGCUAAGCGGGAUAACGUGAUCGACCUCGGACUGCUCGAAUUCUGCGUCCGGGAAGACUUGAAUAAACGGGCUCGGCGGCGCAUGGCCGUGUUGGACCCGAUCCGCGUGGUGAUUACCAAUUAUCCGGAAGAGAAAACCGAAACGGUCGAUUGUAUCAAUAAUCCGGAGGACGAAACGGCCGGGAAACGGGAAGUUCCGUUCGGGCGGGAGAUCUAUAUUGAGCGCGACGAUUUUAUGGAAAAUCCUCCCAAGAAAUAUUACCGUCUCUCUCCGGGCGGCGAAGUGCGGCUCAGGUACGCCUAUUUGAUCCGGUGCGACGAAGUGAUCAGGAUGCCGACGGCAAGGUGGUCGAACUGCGUUGUGAAGGGGGUGAUCCACUGGGUUUCGGCGCGGCAUGCGGUUCCGGCCGAAGUGCGACUGUUCGACCGCUUGUUCGUCAAAGAGGAUAUGAACGACAUCGAGGAGGGGAAGACGUUCGAGGAUUACCUGAAUCCCGAUUCGCUGAAGACCGUAACCGGAUAUCUCGAACCUUCGCUGAACGAAGCUGCGGAAGGAGAUACUUUCCAGUUCGAACGGUUGGGUUAUUUCUGCGUGGACAGAGAUUCCACGGCGGCUGGGAAAGUAUUCAACCGUACCGUUACGUUGAAAGACAGUUGGGCUAAAAUGGCUGCCAAAUAA